CGGGGAUGAGGAGGAGGAGGCAGGAGCGCUUUGAGGACACAGAGAUGCGGAUUAUGGAGGCUCGUGAUGUGAAAUGAUCAAAGCGCUAAUAGACGAGCUCAUCUCGAUGCACACAUUCAACGACAGCACUCUUCACAUCUGCAUCUAUAUCAACAGAACGAUCUUCUCUUUUUAACAGGACAUUUCUUAAAGAGCGUUCGGGAAGCUUUUUGGCUGCUGUAUUUCCAUAUAGAAAUUCUCAUAAACAUGAAUGAGGUAAGCGGGAAACGGCGACGAUUGUGAAAGCGGAGGAUGGAGAGAGCGAAGGACCAUAAACCUGAUCGUGGAUGUGCUUGAGUGCUCGCAAAGGUUCGGAUUCUGCGCUUUCUGUGCGUUAUGACGCCAUAACAGACCUCGCACACCGCCUUCUGAAGGAAACACACCGAUCUGGAGCUUGGGAAGAUGAGGCUUCUGCUUCUGUGUUCGUGGGCAUUCCUGUCGCUUCUGCCAGUGACCUCCUCAGAGCUGCUCCGCGUCCCCCUGCGGCAGGGGCCCCUCUCACAGACCGCGGCCCCCAGGGGCCCCUCGAGGUCCGCCCGCACGCGCAGAGCGGCCAGUGGGAUGAGUGUUGUGAACAUGAUUGACAACCUUCGCGGAAAGUCGGGCCAAGGGUAUUACAUUGAAAUGUCUGUGGGCACCCCGGCGCAGAAGCUGAACAUCCUGGUGGACACGGGCAGCAGUAAUUUUGCAGUAGGCGCAGCUGCUCACCCGUUCCUCCACAGAUAUUACCAUCGCUCCCUCUCGUCGUCGUACAGAGAUCUGGGCCGUGGUGUGUAUGUGCCGUACACACAGGGCCGCUGGGAGGGCGAGCUGGGCACAGACCUGGUGUCCAUUCCUCACGGGCUCAACGUGUCUCUGAGGGCCAACAUCGCUGCAAUCACCCAGUCUGACCGCUUCUUCAUCAACGGAUCCAACUGGGAGGGCAUCCUCGGACUGGCCUACGCCGAGAUCGCCAGGCCGGACGAGACCCUGGAGCCGUUCUUCGACUCUCUGUUGAAGCAGACCAGCGUCCCAGACGUCUUCUCCCUGCAGCUGUGUGGAGCGGGCUUCACCCAGAACUACAGUGCCCGCAGCUCCACUGUAGGGGGCAGUAUGAUUAUUGGGGGAAUCGAUCCGUCCCUGUACGUGGGCGAGCUGUGGUACACACCAAUCAGACGAGAGUGGUAUUAUGAGGUCAUCAUCGUGCGCAUCGAGGUCAACGGACAGGACCUUAACAUGGACUGCAAGGAAUAUAACUAUGAUAAAAGUAUCGUGGACAGCGGCACCACAAACCUGCGUCUCCCUCGUAAAGUGUUCCAGGCGGCUGUGAAGGCCAUCGAAGCAGCUUCAUCGACGGAACAGUUUCCCUCAGGUUUCUGGCUGGGCGAGCAGCUGGUGUGUUGGCAGGUGGGCACCACACCGUGGCACAUCUUCCCUGUCAUCUCUCUCUACCUGAUGAGUGAAAACACAAACCAGUCUUUCCGCAUCUCCAUCCUGCCACAGCAGUAUCUGAGGCCGGUGGAGGACGUGGCCUCGGCUCAGGAGGACUGUUAUAAAUUCGCUGUGUCUCAGUCCAGUACUGGGACGGUGAUGGGUGCCGUCAUCAUGGAGGGCUUCUAUGUGGUGUUUGACCGAGAGCACAAACGCAUCGGCUUCGCGGUCAGCACGUGUCACGUCCACGAUGAGUUCCGCACCGCUGCAGUGGAGGGACCCUUCCAUGGCCUGGACCUCGAGGACUGUGGCUACAACGUCCCUCAGACUGACGAGUCCACAUUAAUGACCAUCGCCUACAUUAUGGCAGGCAUCUGUGCCCUGUUUAUGCUGCCUCUGUGCCUCAUGGUCUGUCAGUGGCGCUUUACACGCUGCCUUCAUCCGCUGGGCGCUGGAGAUUUCUCUGAUGACAUCUCCCUCCUGAAGUGAGCCAGAUCUAAACAGAAUGAUUUCAGUGCUGGUAAAGCCGGCCAUCCUCAAGGGUCUCAAAGAAGGGGAACUGAUGAUGUAGAUGAGAUAAUUCUAACUAUAUACGUUAUAAUAGUGCAUAUGCACACACACACACACACACACAUACACACACCCUAAUGGGUUUCCCACCUUGGAGGAUUUCGUACCCUCUUACCCUUUUUGAGUACAUGUGAUAUGUGAAUGAUCCUUUAUCUUGCAGAAUUAAUUGUGGAUUGCUGUCCUGGGACUGUUCAAGUAACGUUCUGUAAACUAUGUGAGUGGGUGUGUCUGUGUUUGAGAGUUAGAGAGAGUUUGAUCACUAUAUCAAGACGUCAUAUUCUAUAGUCAUCAAUACUGACUGAUUUUCAAAAUGAAUAUGGGCUAUAUAACGAAGUACUGC